GGUCGGAGCGGAGCGCGAGGCCGCCACGGGGGAGGUGCCGCGGGGCCACCAGGAGCUUGGCUUGGCGGUAGCCCGGUCGGGCACCUGGUGGGACCGCGAGGGCCCAUGGCCGAGCCGGCUCCGUUACCUCUGACUUUUGAGGAUGUGGCCAUUUAUUUCUCAGAGCAAGAAUGGCAGAAUCUACAGGCAUGGCAGAAGGAGCUUUACAAGCAAGUAAUGAGAGCCAAUUAUGAGAUUCUCCUUUCUCUAGAUAAUGGACUUCCCAAACCAGAACUAAUAUCCUGGAUUGAGCAGGGGAGAGAGCUCUUUAAGAAAUGGGGAGAAUCACAGGAAUCAAGAAACACAAUUUGCUCCACUGCUGAUUUGCAUUUUGAUCCAGUUAUUGAAGGACAGCCAUUUUCAGUUUCAGGAAACCAACGAGCUGUGAGUUCAGAAGAAGCUCAUUACUAUUUCCAAGUAGAUCCUCUUCAGAGCCACCGUUCCUGUGAACCCUUAUCAGAAAAAAGUGAAGAUGUUUCCUUCAGGCCUGACCAAGCCGUCGCCGUCGUGAACCCACAGAGACAUAACACUUGGGCUCUACUCCCAUCGGUCCACAGCUCCAGGGAACCCAUCCAAAGAGAGAGAAUCGCCAGCCCUAGGGCCCUGGGUCUCCCAGGCUUCCAGAAAACCGCCUCAGGGGAGGGCCUCCAGCAGUCUUGUGCCUUUUGUGGGGAAAGCUUUUGUAAUGAGAACCUCUUAGAGCGGCACCAGGGGAGCCACUUGAAGGCCUGGAAGAAACUCAGCAAACAACCUGAGGUGCAGCAGCCUCGAAGCCAGACUCACUUCCGCUGCCCGGGAUGUGGGCGGGGUUUCCGCCGGAAGCCGAGCUUGCUUGGCCCCCUGGCCGUCCGGGCUGAGGAGAGCCGCCUGCUGGGCCUCGAAAGUGGAGAAACGUGUGGCCGCCGCCUGACGCUGCCAAGGCCGCCUCCGUACCCCGGUUGUAUCGAGAGUGCCUCCCGGGCCCCCCCGGGCGUGGAGAGGCCAGUCUCCCCGAGAGAGGGCGCCGGGGCGGCCUCUGAGCGGGCCGAGCUCCCUCCGAGCUCGAACCUGGCUGGUCAGGAGUGUGGCCACUGGGCUGGGGGGCCGGAGGCCCUCAAGCCUGGCCCCGGAGGGGAGAGGCCGUGCUCCUAUGGUACGUGCAGCCGGCGUCCCUCCCAGCGGUGCGGGCUCUCCGACCACUCCCACCUGCACAACGCGGAGCGGCCCUGCCGGUGCGCCGAGUGCGGUCGGGCCUUCGGCCAAUGCGGGCGGCUGCGGCUCCACCGGCAGCCGCCCUCGCACGAGCCGCCCUGCUCAGGCCCGGAGUGCGGCCUGGGCUUUCGCCUGAGGAGCCCGCUGCGGGCCCACGGGCUGCGGCACGGAGGUGACAGGCCGCUGGCGUGUGGCGAGUGCGGCCGCGGCUUCGCCCAUCCGUGCAAGCUGCGCGAGCACCUGCGGGUGCACAGCGGCGAGCGGCCCUUCGGCUGUGCCGAAUGCGGCAAGAGCUUCCGCCUCAAAGGCAUCCUGAAGGCGCACGAGCGCACGCACAGCCGCGAGCGGCCCUUCCAGUGCGCCGAGUGCGGCCGGGGCUUCACGCGGCCGUCCAAGCUGGCUGAGCACUUCCGCGUGCACAGCGGCGAGCGGCCCUUCGGCUGUUCGGAGUGCGGCCGCCGCUUCCGCCUCCAGGGGCAGCUGCGGAGCCACCGGCGCCUGCACACCGGCGAGAGGCCCUUCCCGUGCCCCGACUGCGGUAAGAGCUACCGCGUAAAGGCCGACCUGAAGGCGCACCAGCUGCUGCAUGGCGGCCCGAUGCCUUUCUCCUGUGAAUGCGGCAAGGGCUUCGCCAAGCAGUCCAAGCUCGUGGAGCACGUCCGGACGCACACAGGCGAGAAGCCCUUCCAGUGUCCACAGUGCGACAAGCGUUUCCGCUUGAAGGCUCAGCUGCUCAGCCACCAGGGCCUGCACACCGGGGAGAGGCCUUUCCGCUGCCCCGAGUGCGACAAAAACUUCCGGGAAAGGGGCCACAUGCUCCGGCACCAGCGCAUUCACCGGCCCGACCGGCCGUUUGCCUGUGCAGACUGCGGCAAGGGCUUCAUUUACAAGUCGAAACUGGCCGAACACGUGCGAGUGCACACGAAAUCCUGCCGUGUCCGCAGAGAGCCUGACGUUAAGAAAAGGCUCAGCCAGCUGUUUGCGAUGAUCGAGGCCGACUGGAGUUGAGGCUGAGGAGGGCACUCAAAGUGUUCAGCAGGGUUGGUGUUGCAUGGGAAGCCACAGCCGAACCCCACAUCUAGUAAGACAGAGCAAGAAUGGAAUGCAAGUUAGGAAUAGGAGAAACCACGAAGAUUCUCUCAUUUAAAACAUCACCAGCUAUUUAAUAUAUUUUUUUAUCCAUUGGUAAAAACAGGUAUUUGUUCUUCCCACCAUCUUACGGGGUAACUUCCCGUGACAUGCUAAUAAGCUAACUCUGAAAUCCCGACUUGAAUUUAGGCAGCCGGAAAGCCCUCCAGUACUGUUCUCAAAAGCAUGGGCUGACUGUUAAAUGUCAGCUCUUCUCUUCAUGGUAUGAACAUAAGCAGGGGUUUCAAUCCAGUGAAUUUUGUUGCAGGUCUGAAAU